UCCUCCUCUAUAAAAUUGGCCAACCAAAUCUCUACAUUUACACACCACACAACACCUAGAAAGAGAGAUGGUUGAAAUGCUACCAAUGAAUGGAGGAGUUGGGGACACCAGUUAUGCUAAUAACUCCUCCUUUCAGGUAUUUCUUAUUUCCAUACUCACUUGGUCCAUCGUCAAGGAAGCCAUUACUCAACUCUACAGCACCAGCUUUCCUACUGCCCUGACCAUUGCUGACUUGGGUUGUUCUUCUGGACCAAAUACUUUUAUGGUCGUCUCCAAGUUGAUCAAGGAAGUGGAAGACAUUCGCCAACAACUACACAAAAAUUCGAUUGAAUAUCAAAUCUUCUUGAACGAUCUCCAUGGAAAUGACUUCAAUUCAAUCUUUAAAUCAUUGCCGAGUUUCCAUGAAAAUUUGAAGACCCAUAUGGGAAAUGGCCUUGGUCCAUGUUUCUUGGUGGGUGCUCCUGGUUCUUUUUAUGGCAGGCUUUUCCCUGGAAAAAGUUUGCAUUUUGUUCAUUCUUCUAACAGUCUCCAUUGGCUAUCCCAGGUUCCUGAAGGAAUUGAAAACAAUAAAGGGAAUAUUUUCAUAUCCGAGACAAGCCCAAAGACAGUACUCGAAGCCUACCAUAAGCAAUUUCAAAAGGAUUUUUCACUGUUUUUGAAGUGUCGUGCAGAGGAAUUGGUGGCUGGUGGGCGUAUGGUUCUAACAAUUUCAGCUAGAACUUGCGAAGAUAGGGUGAACAAGGAGUGUUGUUAUUCUUGGGAGUUGCUGAAUUUGGCAGUCAACGACAUGGUUUCAGAGGGUAUUGUGGAAGAGGAGAAGCUUGACUCGUUCAAUGUUCCAAUCUAUAUGCCGUCUUCAUUGGAAGUGGAAGCUGAGGUCUUAAAUGAAGGGAGCUUCAUCAUUGAACAUCUUCAAGUUGUAAGAGUUAAUUGGAACAUUUAUAAUAAUGAACUCAAUAGUGACAUUCCAUCAAAUGAGAUAAUUGACAGUGGUUAUAAUUAUGCAAAAUGCAUAAGAUCCGUUGCUGAACCACUUCUUGUUCGUCAUUUUGGAGAAGACAUUAUUGACGAAUUGUUCAGUAGGUACAGAGAAAUUAUCAAUGAUCACAUGUCAAAGGAGAACAUCGAGAAUAUUAGCUUCACUAUUUCCCUCACCAAAAAAUAAAAUGAUUCUUCGUUGAAAGAAUAUAAAUAUUAGAAUAAUGUUGCGUGAUCUCCUCUCUCUAACUUAUAUGUAAUAAUUUAUUUUCUUUUCCGUGUAGAUUGAGCUUAAGAAGUACCCACUCUCUGAAACAUUAAUAAUAAAUUAUAGCAAAGAGUGCCUA